AUGGCAAAUCCUGACAGAGAUGGCCCGUCACCUGCGGGUGAUGGCACACCAUCUUCUGUAAACUCCCGUACCUGGGAAAACGGCGCUUCUCGUGAAUCAGCGAACGGAUUCACUCUUUCAAUACCGCCAUCAUACUAUCAUUCAGACACUACGCAGUCCUUGCCACAACAUAUUCCAGACCACCAGAAUGUAUCGACUCAAGGGAACUUGCCUCAAGGACAUCAUCAAAGCAGUGUUCCACCCAGCCAAUACUACGCGCCGAGCCAGUCUUAUUACCCCACGAUAAAUCAACUCAAUCAGCAAUCUACUCGGUUCCUUGCUCAAGGUGGACAUGGUACAGAGUCACAACGAAAUACUGCUGCGUCGCAUUCUGGGAAUCAUGACCCCCCCGUUGGACCAUCAAUCCAGCAGCAGAUCCCGCACCCUCCGAGACUUGAUCCAGCGGGUUCCAGCUAUUCUACCGACUACUCUGGGCAACCUAUUAGUCGCCCAGCCUUCUCGCAAGUACAUUGUUCAACAAGUCAAGUCGAGAAUGCCCCUUAUCAAUGGAUCUCAAGACAGCUCCCUCCGCCACAGCCCCGGUACUCAUUCCCGGUUCAACCUCAACCAUACGCCCUGAACCAUUCAAUCGAUGCUACCCAACUAGCAGCCAGUCUUCAAGCCCCUCGUCUACAGAAGUCGGUAGCACCAGCAGAGCACAUAGCGCGUUCUGAACCGCCACCUACUUAUAUCCCCUUUCACAAAGAGAAAUUGGAAUUGUUAAAGACAAGCUCGGCGACGGAUGACCAACAAGAACAGGAGCCGGAAACAUCUGCCGAUGAGGUAUAUGAAUCUAUGGACGAUGUCAAUGCCACAGAAGAUGACCAGAACACUACCACUUCACGCAAACGCGGCCGUGGUCGCCAAUCCUCAGGUGUCAAUCCUCGAAGGAAACGACGCCGACGCACAGGGAAGCGUGGUGGCUGGAGCAAAGGCAUGCAGUUAGGCCAUAGGCCUGCAAUAGACCCGGGACCUGAGUUCGCACAACUCUAUCAGGACGCCCAUGAUGCUUGGAUCGAAUUGAACAUCGACGAGGCGCUUGAGUUCUGUCUGAAAGCCAUUGCCAUCAAUCCGGAAAUCUAUGCAGCCCAUGCCCUGCUCUCCGAGAUUUACUUUCACAAAGGUGAAGAUGAGAAAGGCAUUGCUGCACUUUUCAGUGGCGCCCACAGCAUACCCACCGAUCCGGACGUAUGGCGUAGAGUGGCAACGGCAUGCUUGGAGCGAUCGACUGGAGAUCAGCAACGAGCUCUUCAGCAAGCAAGUUAUUGUUAUGCUCGAAUCAUUUCCAAGAGCGGCAAGGACUGGGAGGCUCGACUACAACGUGCUUCUGUCAACAAGCAGCUGGGAAAUUACAGGAAAGCAAUAUCCGAUCUGGAAACCAUUCUUGAGCAUAAACCUCGAGACUCUGAUGCUAUGAGAUUGGUCGCUGAUAUUUGCGUCGAGACUCGUGAUCUCUCAAAGGCAAUAGCGCUCUAUGAGGAAGCUUUAGACCAUUAUAAGCAACACGGUUUCCAAGGUGAGGAAGAAUUCACUUGGGCAGAUGUCCUCGUCUACGUACAGCUCUUGGCACAGGAGGAACCACUCGAGAUGGCACUCUCGAACUCCAUUGCUGUGUUGAAGCGCCUGUCACGAUGGUUACUUGGUCGUCAAGAUGAAACAUACUGGGACGACUAUACAGAGGACGACAGGGAGUGGGAUUCAGAAGAUGACCCGAGAAGAACCGAGGUGCCACUUUUCGUCCCGGGCAAGUACCCGGCUGAUUCAUACGGUCCAGGUCUACCUCUCGAACUGCGCGCUCGAUUAGGUAUGCUUCGUCUCAAGCAAGGACCGCAAGAGCUAGAGGAAGCACUCGCUCAUUUUGAAUGGCUUGAGGCCGACGCGAGGGAUAUUGAUGCAGCCUUAUGGCAAUAUCAUGACCUCUUCUUUGAGGUUGCACAGGCUUUACAUGACAUAAAAGAACACAACCAGGCAUUGAGGUACCUCGAGGCCUUGAAAGAUGCCAAGGCUUGCGAAGACGUCCCUGAGUUCUGGAUCCUUAUCGCUGCUAACUCUUAUCUAUGUGGUAACAAAGAACAAGCCAUUGAGUGUUACGAAGAAGCCCGAAGUCUGGACGAAAAUGGCAUUGAAGCAAGAACCCAGUUAUCGAAACUCUAUGCCGACCUUGGGGACAAAGGGCAGGCCAUGGAAUGUGCUCGGGAGGCUGUCAUCAUUGCGGACAAUUCUCUCAAGAAGACCGAGAGGCGAAAAUAUGAACGUAAGGAGCAACGAUUAGCUCGUGAAGAUGCAGAGAAUGCACUCAGAGAUGCAUACAAGAUGCCGGGUCAAGUGGACUCCGGCAUCCCAGUCAAUGAACUGGAGAAACGUCUGCAACGGCCACCGACCUACAGGCAGAGGAAGACGGCUAGCGAGCUCAUCGCGCGCAUCGCAAAGGACACUGCAUCUGGCGCUUCUCUACGGACUAUCAACAACGACCUCAAUGCCAGCGCUACCGGAGAUACUGAAGACGCACAAGCAUCUAAGGAUGAUAAACCCAGGAGGCCGCGGAAGGAGCCUUCUACUCGGCGAGUCCGUCAAGCGGCUCUCUCCAAUCCAAAGCGCCUGACUGUCGAAGAACGCGAGGCUCACCGUACCGAAACGAUUAACAAUCUGUAUCAAACCCUCCUCGACAACACAGACGCCAUGCGUGCAGGCGAUAGAGUUGCCCGACACGUAUGGAUGGACUGCGCCGACAGCCUCAUCAUCGACUUCCGCACCAACCGCACAUUCUUCCCUGGCGAGCGCAAUGCAAAGAAAAGGACGCCCUUCGACAAAGAUAUGCGCCUGGCUAGCCGCACUCAGAAUGAGGCAAACGAACUCGAUCCAGACAUCCCCAUGCCCUCCGUCGAGUCUUUUAAUCCUACCACAUACCGCGACAUAUCGUUUGAAGAAUGGCUCGAUGUGUUCCUAGAAUAUGCCGUCAUCUUAGCCAACGAGCUGACCCUAUCCGAGUCUUCCCCCGAUGCCAUCGAAACCCAACGUCACCGAAGCUACGCCAUCAUCCGCGCUGCCAUGGACUGUGUUAUAUGGUACAACGAUCCGCCAUCCAUGCUCCUCAUCCACACGACCUGGCUCAUUUGUGCUCUCUCCUUGCGCGAUGAAAACACGCUGUUCAACGUUGUGCUUCGAUGGUUCGCCCGGAAGUACCAAUUCUGUACUGACGCAUACCGCCUCUUCGCGGCACUGAAUCUCAUCUACCCGCACCCAACUCACAAAGACGGCAAGGAAGGACAGGUACACGCGGCCGCCUUUCGGGCCGGGCCAAGCCAAAAAUUCUGGUUCAGACAAAUCAUGAUCAUGGACGCCAAUCUGCCAUCAAAUUACAGCCCUGAAGGGUUCGGUCCGGUACCUAGCAACAUGCGCAAUCUGGCGAAAGAAAUGCGUCGGGACGAUGCCGACGGCGGCGGUCUAGUUAUGGGUUCUGGCGCGAAUGACAAGGCUCCUACGUUACAGGAGAUGGACGUGGUCUUGUUGUCCUUGUACGGCCACAUUCUGUAUGCGGGUAACAGUUUCCCCAGCGCGUUGAGUUAUUUCUUCCGCGCGCUGAGUCUUGACCCGAAGAAUCCCAUCAUCCUGCUCAGUGUGGCGCUAUGUUAUCUGCACGAGUUGUUGAAGCGGCAGAACCUGGACCGGCACAUGUACGCCCUCCAGGGCUGGUCAUUCUUUGAGGAGUACGUCGAUUCGAGGAGAGCAUGGGCUUCGACCAAGGACGAAAAGUUGCAGAACGUGGUGGAGAGGGAGAUUGAGCUGAACAGAGCACGAUGCUGGCAGAUGCUGGGCUUGUCAGAUCUGGCCGUACGCAGUUACGAAAAGUUGCUUCCUGAGAACCCAGUCUCCUCUCCCACUUCGGUAUCGGAUCCGACAUCAAAGGCGGCAGCGGAAAUGAUAGACCCCGAGCUGCUUCGGAUGGAUGAAAGUCAACAGGAGCAAGUCGAUACGGCUACGGAUCCGAAGCCUACCGAGCACGAAGAGACGCAGGAGACGUCACUCGAUGAUGGCCCAGAGAAGGACAUGCACGAAGCGAAUACCGAAAGAGAAACGAUCCCAGAAGACAAUGUAGAGGCUGCCGACUUUAAUAUGGAAGCGGCAUACGCGAUCCAGACCAUGUACGCCCUAAGCGGCAACGCUCUGAUGGCGAGGGAGAUCACGGAGAAGUAUUUGGUCGUCUGAGCCAUCAGGCACGGGUACUAGCGUGGCAAGAUCACAGCACCAUUUUCCACUGUAUUAUUAGGACAGAAAAGAGCAGUCGCUCAGCUUUCCAGGAAUGUUCAUCGUUGGGUAUUGUAUACAUCGCACUCAAUACAUAGUACCGGGCGAUGCCCUCCCAGAAUCUCAACGCUAAGAAUGCAGUGUUGAGUGGCAAAUGUUCUACGCAUGGUUAUUGACGAAACGUGCGAGGUCUACGAGGUACUGACCAA